CAAUUGUGAAUUUUAUAUCCACGUUGUGAUCCCAGCUAAAAGAAACAGAACAAAAAAGUGCACUUUCUUUUUCAGUUCCCAUAUAUUUUUGCAUUUCAGUUAAUUUCUUAGUUGCUUUUGGUUUUAACUUCCAAAUCAGGCCAUGGAAGAAAGCUCCUCAUACUUGUCGAGUAAUCAUAGAAAAGCAGCAGCUUCUCUGUUCGCUCUCGCAUUUCAUCACUCUCAAAUUCAUCAAACUCUCGACUCUAAAUCUCCUAUUUUCGAGAAUUAUUAUGAUUUCCUUUGCCCCGUUUUUAGGUUCCUUGGAGUGGACGAAGAAGCCUGGCAUAGCCUAAAGGAAUCUGCCGGUUCCUUCUCCCAAAUCAGGGAUCACCUUGGAUAUUUGUUGAAAUCACUGUCAGAGGAAAGUAAUGCAACUCCUUCAGAAGCAUUGAAUAAAGAAGCUGCGUUGACCAAAGCUGUUGAUGCCUCAGCCAUGGGCAUGAACAAUGCUGCUGCAGAUUCUGAAAGCGGGGUCCAUGGGCAGAAAACUAAAGCCCAAGAUGAUUCAUCUGAAGUUGUGGAGAGCUCAGCUUUGCUGCCUUUAGAGAAAGCACCUUCCACUGAGCUAGUAAUUGUGACAUUUGAACAACCUUUGGAGGAGGCGACCCUUAUCAGUUACCAGAGGAAAGUUACAGUUCUUUACACACUUGUUGCGGCUUGUGUAGCAGAUCAUGUUGAGACCGACAAAAAGGACUGCCAGUUAAGGCAGGGUUAUGAUGCUCGUCACCGUUUGGCUCUGCGAUUGCUUGCUGUAUGGCUUGGUAUAAAAUGGAAUGAAAUGGAAGCAAUGGAGGGUAUGGUUGCCUAUACUUUAAUGAAUUCAAUGAGUAAAGAAGGUGACAAGGAAGGAGAAACUGUAGGUUCGGAAAACAACUGGGAUAAAUGGAAGCGUGGAAGUAUCAUAGGGGCAGCUGCUGUAACUGGAGGAACCGUAAUGGCUAUAACUGGUGGCUUGGCUGCCCCAGCAAUUGCUCACGGAUUAGGUGCUUUAGCUCCUGCAUUGGGCGCUGUUGCUCCUGCCGUUGGUGGUGGAUUUGCUGCUGCUGCAACUGCUACAGGAUCUGUUGUUGGAUCUGCAGCUGUUGCUGCAUCAUUUGGAGCUGCUGGAGCUGGCCUUACUGGGAGUAAGAUGGCUAAUAGAAUUGGAAAUCUUGAGGAAUUUCAGUUGAAAGAGAUUGGAGGCGCUAGUCAAGGCCACCUAUCAGUUACGAUUUGCAUUUCUGGGCUUGCAUUCGAGGAGAAAGAUUUCGUAAAACCUUGGGAGGGUCUCAAUGAUAACAUAGAGAGGUACGUGCUUCAAUAUGAGUCUAAACAUUUGAUCGCCCUUAGCACUGCCAUCCAGGACUGGCUUACUUCAAAAAUUGUAACUGAGUUGAUGAAAGAAGGUGCCAUGAUGACAGUACUAAGCUCACUUGUCGCAUCACUAGCAUGGCCAGCAACUUUGGUUACUACAUUUGAUCUUAUUGACAACAAAUGGGCAAUUGCAGUUGACAGAUCAGACAAGGCUGGUAAGGUGCUUGCUGAGGUGUUGCUGAAAGGCUUGCAAGGAUGCAGGCCUGUGAUACUAGUAGGUUUUUCAUUGGGAGCCCGUGUUAUUUUCAAGUGUCUCCAAUUUUUGGCUGACUCUAAUGGAGCUGGAAUAGUUGAAAGGGUUGUUUUUCUUGGAGCACCCAUCCCAAUUAAAGGCGAAAAUUGGGAGGCAGCUAGAAAGAUGGUGGCCGGAAGGUUUGUGAACGUUUACUCUACGAAUGAUUGGACGUUAGGUAUAACUUUCCGUGCCAGUUUACUUUCUAAAGGAUUAGCUGGAAUCCAACCUGUUGAAAUUCCUGGGGUUGAGAAUGUUGAUGUGACAAAACUUAUAGAUGGUCACUCUUCCUACCUGUGGAAGACACAGAAAAUACUGGAUCAGCUUGAAUUGGACAAUUGUUCUGCUGUUCUCACAACUGAACUAAAAGACCCAAAGGAAGGGAAGAGUAACCCAAAGUAAGAGAAGAGUAUCGCGAAGGCCUGAACAUGAACUAGCUUUAUUUAUUUUUCUAUUCAUUCUUCCUCCCUGAACCCCCCACCUUUGUGAGAGAUUAAUAUCAAAGGGGCAAAUUGGAGCGUGGAACCAUCAAUUAUAUGGUUCACCAAUGAACUUCAAUAUUUGUGUUUUAUAUAUUUAAAUGGUUCAUCGGUAUUUAGACACCGUUGGAUCAGAUCUAAAUAAAUGAAUGGACUAGAUUGUCUGGCCA